AGGAUAAUAAAUAUAGAAACCAUGAACAACAAAUUUGAUGCGUGAGUAUAUUCAUUGUUUCCGCUUUCAUGUGUUGCUCUACGUUUUUCAUAUAUGCAAUAAACAAAUUUCAAACGCCUUUAUAUUAAAAAAAAGUGAAAUCUCGAUAUGAAGAAUUAAUAUCGAAGGAUUGAUAAUUUUGAACAAGGCUAUUUGCGUGUGACGUCAGAUUUCCGAAUUGCCUGGCUGCUUGAACUGGUAUCGACACGUGUAUUUCUUCAAAAAUGCCACAGAAAAUAAAGUCCUUUGACGUUUUACGGUCAGCAAAUCAAAAUAUCAAAAAUGGGUUAAAAACAGAAGACAGUGGUGAGGAAGAUAAUGAACAAAGAAAUGAACUAGAAGAUCCUCCACUACCAUCACCUAAGCCGGGCCCAGGGGAACAUCCUCUGCAGUUUAACUACUCGCUGUGGUUUUCCAGGAAAUCCCCAGGGAAGCACUCCACAGCAACAAGUUACGACCAAAAUCUGAAACUUGUGGGAACUUUCGCAUCAGUGGAGCAGUUCUGGAAGUACUAUGCACAUAUUGUUCGUCCCAGCGAUUUAACGGGUCACAGCGACUAUCAUCUAUUUAAGGAAGGAAUACGCCCGAUGUGGGAGGAUACAGCAAAUAACAAGGGAGGUAAAUGGAUUGUACGGCUAAAGAAAGGUCUGGCCUCACGGUGCUGGGAGAAUCUGAUACUGGCCAUGCUGGGCGAGCAGUUUAUGGUGGGAGAGGAAAUCUGUGGAGCGGUCAUUUCAAUCCGGUAUCAGGAGGACAUUUUGUCUCUGUGGAACAGGACAGCCUGUGAUCAACAGACAACAUCCAGAAUCCGAGACACACUGAAGAGAGUCCUCAACCUACCGCCCAACACCAUCAUGGAAUACAAGACACACACCGACAGCAUCAAGGACAAUUCAAGCUUUAGGAAUACAGAUAUUUUCAUGAGGUGACAACAGAACAAACAGAGACAAGAAAACUUUACAUCCAAGACCAGGUUCAGGAGCAGCACUUUGUGUUCAGAAUAGACGAGAAUUUAUUUUCCAACAGUUGUGAAAUGGAAGAAGACAAGAGGAUCGAUUAUCCUUUCAAAUAUUUACGACAUGAAUUCUAAAUUGGACAAUGACAAAGUGUAUAUUUUUAAUUUCAAAUUAAAAAGAAACUUUCCUUGACAAUUGGAAUGAAAGAUCAGACAAUCCUUAGGUUCUUGUUGCCUACAGUAUGUACUGAGGGUAUAUUUUCUAUUUGAUAAUGUCCAUAGAUUAAGGUUUGGAACAAGUACAGAGCUUGCUUAAAGUUGAAUAUGUUUCAAAUAUGUUUAUUUCAUUGUAUUAAAAAUGUGAAAGUUAAAAAAAUUGUUUAUUUAAUACUUGUACAUGUUUUUAAAAAAAAAAUUGAAAAUUU